GGCUGAGCCGCCUGGAACGGCCUAUUUUUAGGAUCAAAGCCCCAAAAGGGGGGACCGCAAACUCUGGCCAUGGUGUCUGUUUUGGGCCUCGUUAGAUUUAGGGCACUACACAUCUGGGAGGUGGCCAACAGAUGAUGUGGAUUAAAGGUUAUUCCUUGCCGUUAACCGCCCUGUACCUCUGCUUUGAAACAGCCGCUCAGGGGCCCCCGCAUCCCCCAUUUCUCGCACCGAAGUCGCCUUGAUUCAGGUGAAUAUCGGAUUCGCCGCGACUCAGAAUUGGACCUCCCUCAUUACUGUUCGGGUAUUUUGGAGCAGGAAUGGCAGAUGCAAAUGGGUCCACUAUUAGCGGGCAUGGCCGUAAGCGUCAGGGCUCGAACCGCAGUAACCACGAUGACCGGGAUAGCAAACGCCUCCAGCUGGAUCACGCCGAAGGCCUACCUUUCCGCUUCGACCGGUCAUUCGUACACAGCCCAGUGAAGACUCCGACGAUUGAAAGUCCGGAAGUUCACCUUGCCUCUGCUCGUCCCCGCCACUCGCCGGCGGUGGAAUCGGUACGCACCAUCCCGCUUCUCAUUGACUUGACCAAGGAUGAUGAGGAUAUCGUCAUGGCACCGGCUCCCGAAGAGCCUCCCGCGCGUCCUUCCACGGGGCGAGACUUCUCGCCAACAAAACCAGACGUGGACACAACUCCGUUGGCUUCAAAACCUGGGCUCCCCGAGACUCUUGGUGUCCCAUACGACACAUGCUUCGGCUUGAUUGAAACCCAGUCUUCCAUAGGCUCUUCCAUUGAGACAGAUUCGGAUUGGCUCCCUGUCAAAGUUGAGCUGUCUAAUCAAGGCCUGAAGAUAUUGAGACUGGGCUCGGGAAAUCACAUUGGCUGGGCUUCUUCAACUUCUUCGCGGGUCAUCUCCCAACUUGCCAAGAAAACCAAGGUCGUGCUAACUGCAACCCUUGUUGUCCCUGACAAUCGUCGACAGUCGCAAUAUAUCCAGGCCACUCUACGCAUUAUUGUCUACGGGUUCAUGUCGGAAAAGCGUGCUGUUGCCAAAAUCUUGUCUGAUGGCGACCUCUACCUCCAGCACCCAUCAUUAUCCGAAUGCAAUGGUCGAGUGCCUUAUUUCAACCCGCAGUAUCUUCUCCGUCCAGGAGGAUCUAUGCCAAAGCUGGAAAACUUGGUGAUUUCAAGCCAGGGCAGAUCGGGUCGUGGGCCAAGUGAUUUUCUGGCGGAAAUCGAGAAGAGUCGCUUGUUGCAGGUCUUCGAGUCCGCGCACGACCCAGACGCAACCUUCAGGAUUCGUCCGAGCCUUCGACUGCAGUCUUCUCUCAAAGAACACCAGAUUAGUGCUUUAGCCAUGAUGGUAGAGAAGGAAUGCGGAACCUAUGAUAAGCCAACAUUUCCGUCCAUCUGGGAGCCAAUAGGGGAUCAGAAUGUGAAGACAAGUUAUCGGCACGCAGUCACCGGUGAGCGUCGAGAUAGGCAUCCGACCCUUGCGCGUGGGGGAAUUCUUGCCGACGAGAUGGGUCUUGGGAAAACCUUGUCGGCCAUUGCACUGAUCUUAUGGCACCUUGAUUUUCUCGAGUCUUCUAAGUCGGAGUCUCACUCUCGCCGGGCUACGUUAAUAGUCACUCCAAAAUCCAUUAUACCCGAAUGGAACCAGCAGUUUGAGAAACAUGUUAAGCCUGGACGUAUCAGGGUCCGGACUUACCACGGAAGCAAUCGGCAGCAGGUUGCUAAGGACUGGCACGAUGUAGACGUGAUACUCACAACUUACGACACUGUCAGGUCCGAAAAAGCGUCCGCCGGCCCGCUUUUUGAGACGAGAUGGGCAAGAGUAAUACUCGAUGAAGCGCACAACAUUCGCAACCGAGACUCGAAGGUUUUUAGGGCAGCAGAGGCUAUUAUUGCGCCAUGUCGUUGGUGCCUCACCGGCACACCGAUACAGAACUGUCUAGAUGACUUUGGGGCGCUGCUAGGUUUCAUCGGCGUUCCGUCCUUUGAGACGCAGACCCAGUUCAAUUACUGGAUAAUAGAACCCGUCAAGAAGAGGAAGGAUUAUGCAUUUAAACGCCUUCGCCAACUGGUCAGAGCCACCUGCCUGCGAAGAACCAAGGCAAGCACAGCAAACACACUGAAGUUGCCGAAGAAGGUGGAGGUCAACGAGGUCCUAGACUUGGACCCAGGUGACAGGGAAUUAUACGACUUUUUCAAGCGCCGGGCUGCGACCGUGGCUCGAAAUAUGGAAAGGUUGUCGUCGCGGAACGGCAACUCCAAGAGGCCCAAACCACUGGGUGGCUGGGGCGGCUGGAGCGGAAACAUCUUGCCUCUGGUUGGCCAUCUUCGGCGCAUCUGCGACCAUGGAGGGGAUCUCCUCCCCGCCGCGGCUCUGCGAGCGUGGCGAGACAAAGACAUCGACUCGAUCGACUGGCAGCUGAUGAAGAUGGCGUCGCAAAAGUGCGAUCUCUGCGAAACGGAGUUGGAAGAGGGUAACGACGUGGUUGUCCCAGUGGAACUCGUCUGCGGUCAUAUCAUCUGCGCCAGCUGCCGCAACGUCAUAGAGGACAUGAACGGGAUCGGAUCAUCGUCUGCCUCCUGCCCUAAAUGUUCCGGGAGAUCGCCAUUGCCCGCGCCUAGCCAGGGCAGCACCGUGGAGCAGUACAAGCCUUCCGUCAAGAUCAAGGCUUUGUUGCGGAAUCUCCGCAACGAACAUUCAACGCAGCAGACGUGCGAAGAUCGAAUCGUCUCGAAAAGUGUUGUCUUUAGUUGCUGGACUAGGAUGCUUGACUUCAUCCAGAAGGCCUUCAAAGAAGAUAACAUUGGCUUUCAGCGGAUUGACGGACAGACGACACUCCCAGGCCGCGCGGCCGCACUCAAGGCAUUCCGGGACGACCCAGAUUGCAGGGUGAUGCUUGCCAGCAUCGGCAGCGUUGGAGAAGGUGUCAACCUCACCGUCGCAAACCAUGUCCAUAUUAUGGAGCCCCAGUGGAAUCCAAUGGUGGAGGCUCAGGCGGUUGACAGGGUCCACCGAAUUGGUCAGGAACGGGACGUCUUGAUAACUCGCUACCUUAUCAAAGACUCGAUUGAGUUUUACGUCCGUGGGGUUCAGGAGGAAAAGCUACGGCUCAUCCACCAGUCACUCUCCUCCACAGAGCUCAGGCAGAGAGACGUUGAUGUCCAGCGAUACAAGAAAUUGUUGGAAUCACUUAGCUAGAAUCCGGCGCUUCGUCGGGUCCACGGGCGGGUAAUUACUAGUACACACCUAAUUGAUGAUAGCUUCAUAAAAGGGGCAUCUUCAAUAUUCGCAGGCACCGUUAUGUUAUUAAUUAGCCAUCGAGGUAAAUCGUGGCAGCUUGAUUCAACCGCUCAUUCAUCUUGGUCGCUGAUGGAACCGAUGCUGGACCGACUGCCUUGCCGGCCCCGUCCCCUACCCGCCGAUUCCGCAAGCUUAUCCCAGGUCAAGCCCAGCCACGUCUCGAUCUUCCGUGCCCCUUCCUCCUUUUCCGGCCUGGCGCUGCCGAACCGAGUGUUUGCCUUGGCCCCUUCAAAGAGCAAGAACUUCAUCAAGUGAGCUGCCUCUUCCGAAGUCUUCUUGCUGG